CACACACACACGUUGGGUUGGGGAAGGGAUCGGCAUCGUUGUCCACCACGGGAACCGGCGUUCGCUUCCACACAACACAAAAUCUCACGGCUACCUCCUCCGAUCCAUUCGACAACCAACCAAUUGAUUCCACCCAUUGAUUCCAACCAAAGUAAUUCAAACCAACACACUACACACUCAAACCCAUCGAACACAUACACACCAUGACCGACGCCAAGCCCAAAUUGCUCCUCGCCUAUUCCGGCGGACUCGACACAUCCGUCAUUCUCAAGUGGCUUUCGGAAAAGGGAUUCGACGUGAUUGCCUUUUGUGCCAACGUCGGACAGCACGAGGAAGACUUUUCCGCCGUCAAGGCCAAGGCUGAAUCCUGCGGAGCCACCAAGUGUGUCAUAUCCGACCUCCGCAAGGAAUUCGUCGACGACUACGUCCUCGAAGCCAUCAAGUGCAACGCCAUUUACGAAGGUCGGUACUUGCUCGGCACCUCCAUUGCCCGUCCCUGCAUCGCCAAGGAAAUGAUCCGCAUCGCGCACGAAGAAGGGGCGACUUUUAUUGCGCACGGGGCCACCGGCAAGGGAAACGACCAGGUGCGCUUCGAAAUGUGCUGCCAGGCACUCUCACCCACCAUUCAGUGCGUCGCUCCCUGGCGCGACGCCGAAUUCAUCGAAUCCUUCAAGGGACGCAAGGAUCUACUAGCCUACUGCAACCAACACCAAAUUCCCGUUGACGCCAAACCAAAGGCCAAUUACUCCAUCGACGAGAAUCUAUUCCACACUUCCUACGAGUCCGGAAUGCUCGAAGACGCCAUGUGCCCGCCCGACGAAUCCAUGUUCAAAAUGACCGUCUCUCCCCAGGCCGCCCCGGACCUGCCCGAAACGAUCCGUAUCGAAUUCGAUCAAGGACUCCCCGUCAAAUUGACCAACGUCACGGACGGUACCGAGAUCACCGACUCCCUUGAGUUGUUCUUGUACUGUAACACCAUUGCCGGCAAACACGGAAUCGGCCGCAUCGAUAUCGUGGAAAACCGCUUCGUCGGAAUCAAGUCGCGGGGAGUCUACGAGACACCCGGUGGUACGCUCCUCCGCGCCGCCCACAUGGACCUCGAAGGUAUCACCAUGGACCGCGAAGUCAAACGCAUCGCCGAACACUUGUCCGCCGAAUUCGCGCGUCUCUGCUACAACGGCUUCUGGUUCGCCCCGGAAAUGGACCUCGUCCGGUACAGUCUCGAUUUCACCCAGCGCGACGUCGUGGGGGUCGUCGAACUCGAACUCUACAAGGGAAACGUCACCAUCCGGGGACGACAAAGCCCCAAGGCCCUCUACAACGCCGACCUGGCCUCCAUGGACAUUGAAGGCGGCGGAGACGCCUUUGACUACAACCCGGCCGACGCCAACGGAUUCAUCCGCAUCAACGCCGUCCGCCUCAAGACCUACGCCGCCCUCCGCGCCAAGGACGGGAAAUAGAUUCCUCACGCACGCACGCACGCAACCCUCACUCACGAGUCCUUUCUACACACAAACACACCCCUGUGAUUCACGGUGCGCGUAGACUACGUGUCCACCCAGAGACUGCAGUUUGCCUUUAGAUGAAAUAACAUUUCGUAAAUACAAAUUAUU